UUUCGAGUUUCAAGAUUGAAAUUGUGUUUGAUUUGAGUUGGAUGUGGCGAAUGUGACAAGCAAGUAAACAAAACAAACAAACCGAAUUCUCAAGUGUUUCGUUCAGCCAACAAUGUCCGACGAUGAGAAAUUUCUUCGUCAUAAACAUUUGUUUACAUUUCUCAAUUUCUGGGAUGAAAAUCAAGAUGGAAUACUUUCCUGGGAAGAUUUCCGUCUGUUAGCCGAAAAAUUUGCCAAAAUCCAACGUCGAGGACGACAGCCGGAAAAGGAGGUUGUGGAAAGAUGGAAAUCCAUAUUCGAAAAAUGGUGGAAUGAACUGACAUCGUAUGCCGAUUCGAACAAGGACAAAUAUGUGGAAUUUCAUGAAUGGCUGGAUUUUUUCAAACAACUAGGCCGCAAUACUAAAUCGUUUGCGGAGCUGCCGGAAUUUCUGAAAAUAUAUUUGCAACUUUUUUUUCUUUGUUGUGAUGCAAACAAAGAUGGUCUGUUUUGCGUGAAAGAUUACAAAAAAUACAUCGCCAAUUUGAAGAUGGAUACAUCAAAAGCACAGGAACAUUUCGACUACAUGCUUACCGAUGAUGAUCGAACUAACAAUGAAAAUGCUCUCAAUUCAGAUCGAUUCAAGGCGACUGUUUACGACUUUUGGGUUUCAAUGGAUCCAAACAGCAAAGGCAAAUUCAUUUGUGGUCCAUUCGAUUCGAUCCCGGUGGAAGAAUUGGAAAAACGAGUCAAGAAAAAACCAUGAACCUUACCUUAUCAUAAAUUUUAUUCAAAACAAACAAAAAUUUUAUUAAAAUCAAAUAAGAUAGGAUGCUCUAUAAAGAAA